AUGGAACAAGAUCCAAAGGCUGCAAAAACUUCAUUUUCCGGGACAAGGUCCCUGUUAUUUUGGUGUCGACAACAGACAGAGAGUUACAACGAUGUGAAUGUGUUUAACAUGUCGACUUCAUGGCGGGAUGGUUUGGCGUUCUGUGCGAUUAUCCACCGUUACAGGCCGGAUUUGAUGUAAGCCUAGAGCUUGUAAUUGUUAGAUGGAAAAAUCCUACUGGUCAUGGAUUUAGGUGCAUUCUGUUUGUUACUGACCGGCCAAUUGACUCAAGUUGAUAUGUUUGUCCCGAUGAAAUGCAUUAUUGUUUUAUUGUUUAACUGAAAAUGUUUUUUUUUUAAUUACAGAGAGUUCGACAGGCUGUCCAAAGAGAACAUUAUGGAAAACAAUGAGCUUGUAAGUUGUAUAAUCGUGGGAGGAAACUAAGACAGUCUCUUAGCAUCGCUGAAAAUAGAUUUUUCAUGGUACAUUGACACUUGUUAAAAUUCAUGCUCUUGUGUUUCAAUUAUUUUCCCUUAAUGGUGUCAUAACAAUUAGAAUAGAUGCUAGAAACAGAGAUAAGAAAAUGUGCGCUUUAUUGAAAAGCUAAACAAAUAUUGUUGUCAGAGAUUUAUGUGUCUAAUUUCCGGUCGCGGCCUUGCAAAGCGUAUAAUUUUGACAUUCUUGCAGCGAGGUACUAAUUUGUCGUGAGGACCUUUUGUUUAUAAUACACAGACGGUUGGGUUUCAUCCUUAGUCAUGUCGUUAGCAUUGUUCAUGAGAUCGGAAGGCGUCACGUUAUUGAAUACAUUUUAUUUCGCGAGAGAAUUGUUGAGUGUUGAUAUAUAGUUGCAAAAAUAUUUGCACACAGCAUCUUUUUGCGUGACGCUUCGGAAUGCAAAUGUGAUCUCUCACUUCCCGGCAGGGUUCUUUAAAUUUCUUUAUUUUCCGAUCGAAUUCAAUGAAAUUUUUAACGUGAAAGAGUUGGUGUUUUGGCCGUAGGCGUUUGAGCUGCUGGAUGUUUGCGCUUUUUGUUUAGAUUUUAAGUUAUAAAACGUCAGUAGCAAUAUUGUCGUUCACAAACGAACUCUCAAAUCCAACCUUCUUAACCCUUUCAGACAUAACAGAUUCUAUUUUAACAAAGACCUGGAAUUUUGCCAGCGGCUCUUUUAAUUUCAAGAGACGAUCCAGUUCUUAUACUUAAUGGGAUUCCGUGUCAGGUUUUCAGCUUUAAAUGUAAUUUACGUGUUAUUUUAACCUGAGAUAGGGAUCAUCGUGUAUAUUGGGUUAUCUUCUCAACAUAUUAACAGCCUCUGCCACAUCUCAAAGUUUUUUUUAUCGCAAAUGCCUGCUUUGAAUUCCUUCAAAUAAUUUACUGGAGUGGGUACAGCAAUCUGCUUUCAGGAUUAAUGGUUGCAUUCAACUGUGACACAAUAUUGGCUAGCAAUAUUAUAGCUUGGAUCUCAUCCAAAGUUGAACUUCUGUUAAGCUCAAUGUGAUCACAGAAUUAAGUUAAUCAAAGAGUCAACUCCAUUAAUUAAUGAUUAAUUUUAACAGGUUAUGAUUUGGGUCAUGGCCACCUCUUUUGUUUUUGUUGCACAAACUUGAUGCAGUAUUCCUCGCAAAUUGCUAUAGAACAAUAUCCAAAUAGAUCAUUUUGAUAUAGGGUUACAAUGUUGAAAUAGCAUCACAGCUGUGAAGUCUCACACAUUGAGUGUGAGGCUUACGCUAAUAAAUCCAGUCUCAGGCUCUCACGCUAAAAUUACUUGUUCUCACACAAGUAAGAUUUCUGAUUUAAACUGUUGAUUUUGAGAUAGCAAAGUGCUGCUUUAGUUAAGUACCCAUACAAUUAUCUUUUUAGAUAUAAUCUACUCCUUUAACCCUUUGUUCUUUGAACACAUCCCAGCAAUUGGAAAUCCUUGUGCAGGGCAUCCGUUUCACCGGUCUGUGGUUUUAAUUAUUAGUGCACAUGCUCUCAUGUUAGUUCAGGUGGUUUACAUGGACUUGCUCUGCACAUGCUCAGAAUAAAGAAAUAUGUGUCAUAGGAACUUCAUAUUUUCAUAAUUUUUAGUGGCAAUUUGAACAUUGGUAUGCAUAUUCUCUCUUUCCCCGCCCUUUAACAGUAUGAUGCCUGCAGAGUAACAAUUAAUGGAAAUGAGGUAAAAAUUCUCACGCUUUGUCAGCAAUUUAAUUUGAGAGCUCUGCAAAUGGUCUGUGGUUAAAUCAAGUGGCCUAGUGAUAAGGGUCUUCUACUAUGGAAAAGGGGUUGUUACUGGGUUAGUCCAGUGUGAAGUUUGACUUAUUUUAGGGCUGGGAGUGAUUUUAUAAGCAAUACUUUAAAUUCUUCACAGGCUUUUAGUGUGGCAGAGAAGCAUUUUGGUAUUCCAAUUGUACUUGAUGCAGGUGACAUGGUAGAAAAUAUCAUUCCAGAUAAAUUGAGUGUUAUCACCUAUGUCUCACAGCUGUACGAGUACUUCAAGAACAGAACUCCAGGUAUGUAGUCUAUCGAUUUAAAAUCUGUGCCUUAUGCUUCUUAAUUGUUCUUAACUCUUUAACUCUUAGAGGUGAUUAACAUGUAACUUCUCCCUUCAAUGUCCAUACAUUAUCCAGCAAACAUGUAAUGAGAAUAAGACUGAUAAACCCAAUUUGGUAAACUACCCUGCUGCACAUGAAGUCACCAAUGUUUUUAGUAGUCACCAUGUCAACUUGAAUGAUGGUAACCUGGAUUGCUUAGAUUGAUGUCAGAUUUAACACCCUAACAUUGAUAUGCAUAUUCGCGAUGCUGUUCCCCAUUCAUUUCUUAAGGUGCUGACAAGAAGAAUUUGUUUGACAAUCUAGAACUUCUUUAGUUGGUGAUCAUUUCCUCUGUUUUUGUGACCUUAAUUUGCAAUUCAGGGGUGAUAUUGUGAGAAGAAAUUAGAAGCUAAGUCCUAUUAGAAAUGCAUAUGUUUUGCCAUAGUCUGAGGAAUGUUGAUUCAAAAGAGAAGUAAAGACUAGCGCUUACAUCCUCUUCUGUUAAGCACUUUUUUAGACCUUGAUAUGCUUUGAGGUAUUGAAGUUGAAAUUUUUUUUCUGUUGAUUAUAAGCAAACCAGGGCUAUUCCACUAAGAUGAAUAUCCAGCCAAAAACACGAAGUGAAUCUACAGGUCACAAAGGCAGCAAGCGUAUCUCACCAUCCCAUCAGAUAUACCUCUUGUCAGGUCAUGCAAAGAGGGUUGCUACAGCCUUGCGGAAUGUUUUCAAGUCUGAUGCUAAAGAAGAAUCAACCAAGAACAAGGAGCAGGGUCAAGGCAGUAAAUAUUUAAGUGUUGAACCUUUAAGGACAAGCCAGGAAACAGUAAGUGUUGAUUGUAGUACAUGUAUUUUUUAUAAUUAUUUGCUAGAUUUAUAUAACAGGAAUUUUUUCCCUAAGAAGGUAUGCUCUCAUUGGUUACUUUGCAAUCUGCAAGUCUUCUUCAGGUAAUGAGACCAGCUGGUUACACAUCACCUUUUGAAGCAUCUUGCUUUGAUAUGAUUAGCAUAUCUUGAUGAUGAAUUCCCUCAGAUGAACUCUUUUACUCUACAAGGGAUUAAAAUUCAACUUCUCCCUAAAAUACCGAUAUAUUUUUUAGCAAACAGGCAAAGAAGAUACUCAACCAUAUCAGGUAGAAAUUGUUAUAUGAUCUAAAACCAAAUUCUUGUAAUAAAUUUAGGAGGAAAUCAGAUCUUGAAGUUAAAGGGCAAUGAUCAUCACAGUUUAGUUAACCCCUUAACUCCCAUGAGUGACCAAGACAGAAUUUCUCCUUACAAUAUCCAUACAGUAUCAAGCAGAUAAGUGAUGAGAAUAAAGAAAAAUAUCAAUUAGAGGAUUAUAAGUUGAUUUAAUCCCAAAUUCUCCCAACUAACAUCACAAGAACUGUAUAACAGACAGUAAGAAGAAUUACUAAUGAGAUCUUGGGAGUUAAAGGGUUUAACAGAAAAUAAUAAUUGAUAUUCCUUGUAUUAUUUUUUUAGAACAGAAAUAUUGAUGAACUCAUCCUAAGUGCACCAGGAAAAUCACCAUUGCUGGGAAAUGAUUGUUUUAUCUGUCACAGCAGAGUGUUUCUCAUGGAAAGGCUGAUUGCAGAAAGGAAGCUGUUCCACAGGGCAUGCUUCAGAUGUGAUAAAUGCAAAGCCUGCCUUCGACCUGGAACAUAUCAUUACUUUCCUAAUACCCAGAAGUUCUGCUGUUUAUUUGAUUGCCCAGGAGGUACUGAAAUUACAAUUUUACUACCAAAAUAAUUUUGAUACCAAAAUUCUAUAACUUAUGAAUGAAAGCAAUCAAGUUUUAAUACAAAAGACUGCAGUCAGGAAUACUAGUAUACUCAGAAAGAAGAUGUCAAGCCAACAAUAGGAUUCUAGUGCAUAGCUUUCUACUAAAGUCUUAUUUUGGAGGCUCUGGUGUAACUAAGUUGAACCUCUAUCUCCUAGAAAUGAUUAAAUAGUAAAUUCUCCUUAUUACAUUCAUACAUUAUCAGCAAACAGGUAAUGAGAAUACUCAGACUUAUCAGGUAGAAGUUGUUAUAUUGAUCUAACAACAAACACUCAUAACUAAUUUACAAGGCAAUGUGUAGCAGCUUGAGAGGAGAGUUAAAGAUCAGAUUUUGGAGGAUUUUAAUGAACAAUUUUAACAUUACUUGUGUUAAUUAUGUUUUAGUCUUAUAUUCUUGCUAGUGGUCAGUUUGUUGAAGGUUUGAAGGAAAGAAUAUUAAGUGGGGAAUACUGACUGAUUUAAUAACAAAUUUUCAUUGCUAAAAUUAUGAGAAAUGGUUAACAGACAGUAUGGAGAAUUUAUAUUUAUAUUUUGUGAGUGAGAGGGUUAAGUCUGAGAGAUCUCUUUCUUCUGCUUUACCCAACAGGUCAGAGGGAAAAUCCCAUAAAAAUUAAACUAGAACCCUUAACAAAUGCUGCCCAGCAAAAACAAACAGAGGAGGGUCCAUCACCUGAAUCUUCUCCCAAUCUGUCCGAUAGCAAUUCUACAAAACCAUCUGAUAAAAGCCCACUUCAGAGACAGUUCUCAGUUGUUAAAAAGAAUGCAAUAACAUUAGCUGCAUUGCCACAGCCACUAACCCAAGGGAAACCUCAUGUUAUGAAAAGCCAAAAGCAGUCACACUCAUCACAGCGUUAUGACAGGUCACAGGCAAAGAGAAUUGAGCAUGGUGAGAAAAAACGGCGAUCCUCUGGUGGAGGAAGACUUAGGAAAAUACGUGAUGGGAAAGGAAAAUAUUUUGACUCUGAGGAACUGGGUGAUCAGGGAAAUUCCUCCUGGUCACCAGAAAACAAAAGACGAGCUCCUGAUAUUAGUUUAGUUGAUGAUGAAAGUGAUAGUGUUAAAAAUAGCAGUAAUGAAGUGGUAAGCAAGACCUUGAGUGUGAAGGUACCAGAUGAUAGUUCAGGAAUUUCAUUACCAAAGUCUCUUUUUGUAUCUGAAGAACAGCAAGAGGAGGAGGAAAAACUUAAACAGAAACCUGAUGAUCAAAGGUCUACAAAAGAGCUAGAAUCACCUUCUGUGAAUCUUCUUUUUUCUUUUAAAGAGGAAUUACUGAAGAGGGCAACAGAAGGUAAAAUGGAUAAUGAUGAUGAUAAGGUAGCGAAGGAAGGUGAUACUGAUUGUGUUACACCAGAAUUUUCAAAUCAGGAACCCAAGACAAAAUUAGGAAACAGCAAAACUGGAGACAGUGAUUCAUUGGAAAAUGAAUCUGAUAGUCAUGUCAGGAACUCAAAAGAAGACAACUUGGAGAAGCCAGAUAAUCAGCAUAAAUGUUCAGAUUCUAGUGUCCAAAGUGAUUCAACUAAGUCAACAAAAUCAGUGUCAUCAGGGAAGACAAGUGUUUCUGAAGAGUCUGAGCCUUCAACAGCUGCCAAGGGUGUACAAAGACUGCGGGAAAAGUUUCUGAACAUUAAUGACAUGAUUGAUGAAAAACACAAGAAUAACUUGGCAAAGAAAAGUGUUGAAAUUCAGAGAGAACUAAGGUGCGUCUCUGCUUGGAAACAACAGACAGAAUCUCAUCAAGUUACAUCAAGGAAACAUUCAAUAAGCUCUGGAAAGGCAGCUGAGGUAAAGAAACCAAGCUUUGGUACAAGUCGGCGGAGUGUUAAGGAAUUAAGAAAAAUGUAUAUGGACAAUGGAAGUAGUGAAAGAAAAUCUGUUAGAGGGAAAUCAGAUUUAGUGCCAUCAAAAUCUGAUAAUUCCUCCACAGGAAUAGAACAAAAGCCAACUAUUACUGUUGCAGAAAAAAAAGCUGAUUUCCCUUCAAGUGAAUCCAAGGAAAAAUCUGAUUCUUCUGAGCUUGGAAAUGAAGAAAGUACAGAACAAGCUGAUGAUCAUACAACUGGGUCUAAGGACAACAAUAAUUCAUCUGACUCUAGGGAUACUGAAUUUGUUACCUUACCUGAUACUUCUACAGAUAGAUUGCAAAGUAUAGAUGUAAAUGACAACAUAGUAAUAAUAAAUGUUGAUCACACGCAACAAGAUGAAAGUGUUUCAAGUGACAGUCAAAUUAGUGGAGGGCCACCUUCUACAGAAAACAAUUAUUCGGAGACUGAGAGAGAGAAGUCUGACCAGGUGUCAAGUGAGGUUCCAUCACUUCAAGUUGAACCUGCUAGUCCUCAUUCUCCUAAUCAUGAACAAAAUUCUCCAGGGUUAAAAAGACAUUCAGCAUCCCAUGACAGUGGUAUUGAUAUGCCUUUAUAUACACAAAGUAAUUUUCAGAGGUCUCUGUCAGCUGAUGACAAAAUGUCUGCAAGGAAUUUGAAAGUUGCAGCAGAAUUUUCCUUCUCAGGAAGUGACUCAUCUGUGUCACCCACUGAAAAACAACCGCCAAGAGAAAGUUUGAAAGAUUUGCAAACUUCAGGUGAUCCAUCAUCACCAGGUAUUGGCUAUUUGCCUGAGAUUCAAUGGUCCUUGCCUUUAUCAAGUGAACACAGAGCAUCUUUUAGUGACUCUAGUUCAUCAUGCAGCUCACCUAGAAUGUCCAUCAUCAUAGCUCAGGAAGCAGCUACCACCAAAAUUAACAGCAGAUUUUUCACUGUUGAAACCAUGGAACCCUGGGACUUGGAAUAUCAUAGGAUUGCAGAGGAGCAUCAAUGUGUCAUGGAAGUUGAGGGAGAAUUCUGCUUUGGUAGAGAAAAUAGUAAAACCAGCAGAGCAGAAAGAGAUGCAAUUUUCUCAUUGCGGGGUGCUAAGAAUCAUGACUGUAACAGUACUGAUCUGAUUAAGGAGGAAGAAAUAACACUUUCUCCUGCAGAGAUUGAUACUGAAUUACAGUCUUUGGAGGCAUUACACAGAGAGCUGGAAAGACGGGGAGUAAAAAUUGAACACAACUUGAGGGAAAGUAUGGACUGUAAGUAUGCAAUUGUUUCUCCAGCUUGGGUUAUACACAAGUGCAGAAUUUUAAACACCUUACUUCACAAUUAAAUCAUGAAGAAAGAUAGUUUAAAAAUACUGUCUUAAUUAAGCUCUAUGUGCAUGUAAUCCUUGUGCAGAAAAUUUUGAUAGUUGAGAUUUUGAACAAUAUUUUCAAACUAUCUCUAUAGCUGAAAGACCCUUCAAUGAUUGUGAGGAAGAACUUCUGAGGGAAUGGCUCAGUGUGGUUCAUGAAAGGAAUGUGAUUAUGAGGAGAGAGUCAGAACUGAUAUACCUGUAAGUAACCUUUACAAAUUGUACUGUCUCAUUCUGUACUAUGCAAAACAGAGUUUCUGUUGUUAGUCUUUGAAUAACAAAUUCUAGGCGGUGAUGGGAUCAUCUUUGCUCUUCUAUUCAAUAUUCUUCCAUACCAGCCUUUUAAGAAAUAGGAAUCAUGUAAGUUAAAUAGGUUUAUGUGAUUAUGCCUCUUGCCUGGAUAAAGGGAAAUGAUUCAAGUAAAGUACAGGAGUACUGGACUUUAGAACUCUGUUGAUAUUGCAACUGAUACGGAUUUCAGCUGGUAGAUUGAUAGUUAAAAAAAGGUGUUUUUCACUGAUAAACUACUUACAGUAAAGUGAAUAUAGGGGCUAAGUCUCUAAAGAAACUGUGGUGCUGUGUCGGUGGGAGAGUAUAACAGGGUAAUUUACUACAAACAACUGAGUUGAAAACGUAAAUUGGCCACCGUACAGAGUUAAAAGGCUGAAUGUUUCAAAUGUUAGCCUUUUAUUCUUUACAGGGGCCAAUUUACAUUUUCAACUCAGUUGUUAACAUUAAUUACCUGCUACUUACAGUAAAGUCAUGGAAAUCCUCAAUAGAGAUACUGAAGUAUAAUAGCUUGGUCUGAGUUUCCAUUUAGUUUCUGUUUUUGCUAAUUAUCAGUUGAUAGAGAACUCACAUUUAAGUGUAUUGAGAUACAUGAAAGACAUGGUGCAUAGUGAUGAUCAAAGGAGUAUUUCUACUUAGACUCUCCAAUAAAUUAAUGACUUGAAGUUUGGAGAAUUCGUACAAAGUAUCAAUGGCUUUCUUCCCUUGUGUCCUUUUUAGGUUGCAGUCCCAUAAUUAUGAAGAAAGAUAUCGCACAGUGGAAGGAGAACUUAGGAAAUUGGUGGCCAUGAGAGGUGAGGGGUUAAGCCUUUUGUGAGCAUCAGAGGUAAUAGAUAGAGCACAUUUCCAUCGAGUGUCACAAAACCAAAACCAGAGUAGAGACACACUCAGUACACUAACUUUUAACAGCAUCCCUCAAAUAGAGAGGUGAGGCUUGUGGUAAAAGGGAGGGAAGGGUGGUAACUUUGGAGCAAAUGUAAUGUAAAAGUCCAAUUUUGUUUCAUCAAUAGAUGAAGUGAAAUCUACUGAUGAUAUGAAGAGAGAGAGAGUAUUACUGUCUGAGUUGCUAGAGUUAGUGCAGAAGAGAAGCUUCAUUGUUGACAGCUUGGAGGAAGAAAGAGUAAGGUAUUUACUUGUCUUUCUGUUUAUUAGCUGUUGGAUACUAUUUGGGCAUCGUUUUGAACCAGUGAGAUGGUUCUUUAAAAGAGAUUGUAAAUGUAGGAGUCAUCAGAUUAUAAGUGGACGGAUGCAAUGGGGAGAUUUUCUCAAUUAAUGUCUGGGCUUUUGGUGGUAUUCACUAGAUAAUUUUGUAUCUUUUAUGCCACUUUCCAACUGAAAAAAUUGUACAUCCUUUUGCAAGCCAUUGCAGUUAUUUACCCCAUUAGUCAGACUAUUUUGAAGUUUCAAACACCAUCUCCUUGGUUUUCAGAUGAAACACAAGACAUCUCUUAGGAGUAUGCAUUUUAGUCACUUGUGGAACAAAUGAUUUUGUUUUCAAGGAUGCACACUUAUCCUAGAGUGUAAACAGAGGGUUUUGGAGUCUCUGUGAUGGUCUAUUUUCAUACAUCAUUGCACUAAUUUCUCUUUCCCCACUAGAAGAGUGAAAAAUUGAUGUAGUGCAAAUUAAUGGCUAGGAGUUAAUUUGAGUUGUGUGAGCAUAUCUUGAAAAUUAUUUUACAGGGAAAUCCACGAGGAUGAAAAAGUAGAGCGAGCAUUGACCAAUGGUGAGUACAACUUUCAGAGGAUGGUGUUGAUGUUGUACAUGGUUGUAUAGUCCCACUUACACGUAUAUUGUACUUGAAAAAGCUUACUUUAUUUGUGUUUAUUGAUAUAUUACACAUAGUAAAUGGUUUGAACGCAGAGGUAACAUGUAAUAGUGUUAUUUGAUCAUCCGGGUGAGUGAAGUCCUGAGAAAGACUGGUGUUGGUAGUGGUGACUAUUUGUGACUAUUUGUGUUCAGUCAGUCUAGUUGUGUUCAGUCAGUCUAGUUGCGAGGUUUCUGCUUGUUGUGAUAGAGACCAGUAUCUAGUUAGCAUGUUAACAAAGUCAUUUGCAUUUGAAAAGCAGGGUUUGUAUCAUCUCAAGGAUGUGGGAUUCCUGUUCAAAGGCAGUCAGAGCAACUGUAAAAUGGACUAUUGAUCUUAUACACUGCUGAUUGGUUAGGUGAAGUCUUUCCAACCCAGUGAAAUUCUAGAACAUAGCCCAGUUUACAGAGCAUGAGUAGACUUUAGUUUGCUUGUUCCCUUGAGUGUAGGGCUGAACCUUUGAAAGUAACUCACUGGCAAAUUUUGUUUUCUCUGUUUCCUGGGAAGUCUUUUGGUAGCCAUUAACAUUGCUAGGUUGAAAGAGGCAUUGUGAAAUUUAAGUGUCAUGUCCAUGAUGAUGAUGGUGAUAUUAUUAGAUAUUGUUACAUUUUGUUCCAAACUGACAUUUCUUUGUAUUUCAAAAGGUAUAGCCACAGUGCCUGAAAACAGCUGGAAUCAGAGACCAGAUUACACCAAAGUUGCAUUUUCAAGAUUUUAUUGCUAGCAGCAGUAGUCUCAAGUGACAAUGAAUUUUCUUCAGAUGCUGAUUAAAAUGUUUGAGCCUUUUCAAACUGUUGUGUUAACCUCUUUCAGCAGCAAGCACAAUCUCAAGCAACGAACUGUAGAAAUUAGCCUAACGUUUUAGACUGUUGUCAAAGAUUUUAGCAGUUGUAACAUCUUUCAAUUUUGGUGCAUUUUGUAUUUUAUGGAAUUCUCUGAUUGAUAGCAGAAUAAUUUUGAUUUCAACGGUUGGAUAGUUUUGUACUUUAGACAUUGACAGGGAGGUGUAGCGUCACAGUUCUCAUCCUAAAAUAUUUUCUAGUUUCUGGUUUUCAAACUUUUUAUUAGGAACAGUUGAGAAGUUGAUGUUUUUUUGUCCUUUUUGGUGUGAAAGGCUUUCAUGUACACUGUGGUCUAUGGGGGCUACUUAUUUUUAUCAAACUUAAGCUGUUUUAAGAAAAAACCACUCUUAACCAUUUAAUCCCUGAGUAGCCAGCAUCUAAUUUCUCCUUAUAAUAAUACUGGUGAAUCAUUCAUUUAGAUCAUGAGAAUAAAGGAAAUGAUCACAACCUAAGAAGCUGUGAUUGGUAAAUGAAUUCUCCUUGUCAGUAUCAAAGGAAAUGUAUAGAGAAGAGUAAGAAGAACAUGCAUACUGAUGUUAGGGUGGAAACGCUUAAUGAUGGUCUAUUUAGCCUUUAAGUAGGCCCUCAUUAUAAAUGCUGCAAGAUGCACAUUUCUCUCCCCACAAGAUUUGAGACAAGUCAGGGAGAGGUUUGACUCAUUCUCAGUACUCAAUCCCUUGAAGACCUCUUACCAGCUCCAGUUGCUGAAGGCCUCAUACUUUCCUUGUGAACUUGUACUGAAACGGCCUGCUCACAGGCUAUCUCCUAUUUGGCCAAAUUAAGUGUUUUAUCUGAAUAUUGAUUAGUGUGAACAUUUCAGAGAAGGCUGGCAUCUAACACUUCAUAAAAUAAUCUAAUUUUUCACUUCAAACAAACCACUUUUAAAGAAAUUUGCUGGUCCAUAAGUUGUUUAAACCAUAGCUUGAGCCAGACUUCAUUUACAUGUACAUCCUACAAAGUUUCGCAUUACCUUUGUGGAAAGGUCAGAACAUUUAAUCUUGACAUGAGUAGAUUACUGGUUUAACCAGCAUUGCUGAGCUUUGCUUGAUAUUUCUGUGCUUAGGAUGAUUAUGAGAUGGUUACAAUAUGCAUUAAAAAAUUAUUUAGAUUCUUUUUCUUUGCCUUGAUGCUUUCAAGAAUGUCCCAUUUUAAUUAAUAUAAAUUACUUAAUUUAUCAAAUUGAGCACUAGGCCCCUAUGGUGUCUGGUACAUAGCUGCUAAAGGGCCAUAGUCUUUGAAAGGGUUGGUUUUACAAGCCUUAGUUAGAGCAAGACAGGAUUAAAUUUUUGGACUUUAUCUGGCAUUUAAAUGUUUGGACAGCAGGCAGUGAUUUUUGACACACCUCCAAAUUGCAUGUGUGUUCAAAAGUAACAGAAGUGUUGUGAACUUGAGGUUGAAGGGUGAUACAUGAAGA